AUGUCCCACACUUCCUUGGACAGCCUCUUCUGCUCCCAUGAAAUCUCCGACCGUCCUGAGGACAUGGGUCAGCGUGGGGAUGAACAACAAGCCAAUCCCAAACCGAAGCAACCCAUGAGAGCUGAAUCUACACUGCAAGACUCAAUCACGUUCUCACGCUGGCAUGGAGAUGCGCAACCUCUACGGAAAGUCGGAUUUGUCAACAAGCUGGCAAGCAUUGGUGAUGUGAUCACCAUCUUAAUCUCAUGUCUGUUCUUUGUCCAGGGUAUAUUUGUAUAUACAUACAGUGGCGUUGGUGUGCAGUACAUUAAACAUCUGAAGCUCAUCGAGGACACUGCCAAGUAUGGCCCAACUGUCUUCCCGAUCCUCUUUGCUGCUAUCGUCGGCCAAACCAUGCAUGCUGCUGCACUAUGGAGACUCGAGAACGGCGAAAGAUUGCAGACACUAGAUCAAUUACUAGGUAGUACGACCAUUUUUGCGACCAUUAUGACACAGCUCAAGUUUCAACGCAUGGGUGCUUUAGGGGUAUUGCUGAUAUUUUUAUGGGCCUUUUCGCCACUUGGUGGCCAGGCCUCGUUGCGUAUCAUCGAAUUUGAAUUCCGAACAACAUCAAAGGGGGCUACGCUCUUGUAUCUCAACCAUGCGGAGUCAGAAUUCUUGCCAGAAAAUAUAGCACACUACACCGCCGAUCCUGCUUUGACAGAGACCGUUCUCCAUGGACUCGUUCAUUCGUCCCUAAUGGCACCAGCGGAAAUGAAGAAUUCUACGAUGGAUGCUUGGGGAAACCUGAAAAUCCCGUUCCUGGAAGCGGCAGCGAAGACUGCAAAACCUGAUGAGCAAGGCUGGUAUGAGCUGACAUCGGAGAACACGGUCGCCUCCAGUCUAGUAGGACUCCCCAUGUCGAGUCUCGGACGUACAAGCAAUUCGACUUUCAAGCUGGAAACACAAUACAUGUAUCUGGAUUGUAGGCUACACCGAGACUAUAAGGAUACUCCUGACUUUGCCCCUUGGCCUGAACAACAGAUCAGUGAGGACGAGUUCUACAUCAAAAAUAACAGAUGUGUAUACACUGCGGUCAGCUUCGGUAACCAGACCGUUGCUGAAGCUGCCCUUCGCCGGAAUAGCAGUGACCCUAGCCUUACUUCUCGCAUUGUUCGUUACGCUGGCAUUAACGACAACAUGAAAUGGUCAGCGGCAUCAUGCGACCUCCGGACUACCUACGUCGAGCUCGACGUCUCUUGCGUUGGGCGAAAUUGUACCGGUACUCGGAUGCGUGAAUCCAUACAAGCACAUCGCCCAACUGGUUGGACCACUUUAGACGGCGGAACAAGUGAUACACCCUCGAUCUUCCUUGACACCAUGGUUAAAUUCAUGAUGUGCAAUAUAUACUUUUUUCAGCCUACAUUCGCGCAGCGGUAUCUGACGCGACCUUGGGCUCCAUACAACAGCACGAUCGACGAAAGUGUUCACGUCAACAAUCUGACGGACGAAACGUUCAGCUGGCGUUGGACACAGGUCUGGAACACUUUCCAGGUAGCAGGAAUGGGCCUAACGACGGUACCCAAUAAAUUACCAGGUAAUGUCCCUGGUGGUGAAGACGCAGGUACAGUGAUACCAGGCGGGAUGGCUGUACGCAGUACGAGAGUCAAUGUUACCGAUGGAGAGGUGGUUCUUGUCUGCAAUACUGGCUGGCUCACACUCCUUCUCGUGGCUACGUCGAUCAUGGUUCUAGUUGGUGUCUGGGGCGUGGUGCUGGACCGUAUACGCAAAGCUCCUGAUCUUGCGAUGAACAUCUCGUCGAUGAUACGUGACAAUCCAUUCGUACAUGUACCGCCAGACGGAACUGCGAUGGACGCAGCAGAGCGGAUGCGAAAGUUUCGGAACGUUAGGGUUAGGAUCGGAGACAUCCGCCCAAUGGACGAUGUUGGACGUAUCGCUGUAUCUACGUACAGCGAUGAGCAAUUUGUAGAUCUUCUGCACGAUGAUAGGCUAUAUUCUUGA